GCAUUUAUUGUAUAUUUUAUGACCAAUAAUCAUUACUUUAAUUAUACCAUAAACUUUAUGAUUACUUAUAAUUACAUCGUAAAACUCUAUGAUCCAUAACAUACCUACAGCUGCAUGAGCAUAGGGUUGUCACUCUGUAUGAGAUGAGUUAUAUAUCAUCAGGGUUGUCACACUACACUACAAUUUCAUAUAAAGAUGGUUCUACAUAUAAUUGAAAUCACUAUAAGGUACAGCUGGGCAAAUCUUGACUGGGGGGGCCAAUGUAACUGGUCCAUUUUUCCAUGUUUUACUAUGUUUGCGUUAUUAAAUAGAGUGUCCACCGUUUAUAUAUGGUAGACGUGUUCAGUGGAUACAUGUAGAACAUCAUAGCGUAGGUAAUAAUGGACAACAUUGAUUAGUUACAUUGCCCCUCAGUCGAGAUUUGCCCCGCUGUACCUUACUUAUUAUAGGUCAAAUUACCCCGGUAGUUCCCUCCCAUUCAUAGGAACUUUCUAUAGGCCUCCAUUAAUUGUCAACACGUCAAUGUCCACCAUAAUGCCGCAAAUGCACCCAAUCAACGCGAGCAACACAAUGUCUGACAGUCACAUGUCAACGUGAUGAGCGCUUCCUGACCAGAUUUGCUUAAAUUCCGCAAACCACGCUAAUUCAUGCAUUGGACUUGCAAUGUUGGGAACGUUUGUCAUACUCUCUCUACUGCCCGUGCUUAUAUCGUGCACUGGAGAUGGAAAUAUUCAUCUUCUUGAAGACGACAUAGCUGAAGCUUUGCGCUCCUGUUCCGUACCUGGCGAGGACAGUAAAGAGACGCGUCAGCGGCGUUCAGAAGAAUAUGGAUACGACGAAUAUGUUGAUAGGACACCUCGCAUUGAUAACAACUCUAAGCCAGAAACUAAUCAGUACGGCCACGAAAGACGGAACACAUCCAUGAAAGAACAGAUACAUGUUCUGAACGCGACUGACUUCGAUUACGGGGGGUACGGGGCGGGGAAUGGGGGGGAGAAGCUGGUGAACACGGUGCCGCGCCCGGCGCUCGGCGGGGACUCAGGGAAUAUGACGUCACUGAACAGGACUAGACGGAGCGAGCCGCUACUUAACAAACCUGACUCCGAUCAAUGUCUUAGCCAGUGCGUUUUCGCAAAUCUUCAAGAGGUGGACUCCAGAGGUAUUCCGCGUGAGAGCGAGCUGUGGGCACGCAUCCAGGGUUCCGUGACAUCUCAGCAGUCUCGUGCAGCAUUACAUGACCAGACCAGAGCGUGCUUUCAGGAGUUGCAGUCAGAAGCGGAAGACAACGGCUGCUCAUACUCCAACAAACUAGAGCGAUGCCUGAUGCUGCGGCUUGCUGACAGAAAAACAAACGCUUCUGGAUCCCAAUCUCAAAGUAGUGGAUAAUAAUAUAUUAGGAGCUUGAGUUUUGGCAAAUUUUUGAAUAGACAGAUUUAUAGUCGGUGAAGAUAUUUGAGAGAGUGCAAAGUUAGCGAAACAUUGUAUGAGCAAAUUUUGAGAGACUUUAUAACACCUGCGAGUUUAAAGUGAAGCGAACUCCCAGAGAGGACAACUGGCGUGUCGCGUGCGAUUUAUUUGUCCUACAAUGAUACAUACUUCUUUCAAACAACAUACUGAAAAGGAGAUGAAUAUUUCACUAUAUAGAUCUAACUAUUGAAAAUCUGCAACAUAUCCUAUUUACCCGAUCAAUUAAAGGAUUUCGACAACAUAUAGCGACGUCAAAGGUUAAAAAGUUUCAUAUUACUUUAUUAUAUUUUAUAGAUAAGUUAUCAUACUAAAUAAGUAGACAUGUUUUUUUUUAUUUACAUGUAUGUAAACAUCUUUCUUUGCAAGCACUGAAUCAGGUGAAUGUGAGUCAUAUGAGUGUGUAAUAAAUAGUACAUUGUGCAACAAGGGAAGUAAUGGGGAUUUUAAAUACGAGUGUCGUGAUAUAUUCAUGACAGCCACAGACUGGAGUGAAUUAUAGACACGAGUAUUUAAUAUCCUUACCUCCUGAGUUACACACAAUGUUUUUCAUCACAUUUGAGAGAAAAACAGAGGAAAAGUCAUAAGGCAAAACCUUCAACGGCGGCGUUGCGACCAGUCCAG